AUGUCAGAACAACAUAACAUCAGAUUCCCACGUGGUUUCAACGGAUACCCAUACAACACCUUCAAGCUCGAAGGUUACGGUACCCCAAAGGGAUACAUCACCCUUGCUGGUGUUGCCGCCACCUUGGUUGGUGCCUACAUUAUCUCUGCUGGUUUCAGAUCCACCAAGAGUAGGUUUUAA